AUGAGAGCAUUUAACAACCAUCAAAAUUACAUUCUAAUCUCCUAAGUGAGACCCUAUUCAUUGAUGAAUAUGACUAGAUUACACUAAACUCAAGAAGCUAUCUCACGUUAUCAGGUUGAUAAAAAUGAGGUCACCAUUUAAUAAGAAGAAUUUAUUCUAAAGGAUGUAACUAUGGACAGCACUCAUUAUCAAAAUAGCUUUUUGAGGUAUUCAAAAGAGGGAUAUCAAUAUCAAAGCCUGAUUGAGACAGAGAAAUAAAGAGAUAAUCAUGAUGAAAUUAUUGAAUAGGAUAGACAGUUUGACAGCAUGCUAUAAACAAAAGAAAAUGAGAUUAUUUUCGAAAGUUUAAAGGCUAUUGAUAAGAAAAAGUUUUUGAUCAAUUUGUUGAACAGCACUAAUCUGAGCAAGCUAUCUGGUGAAAUCUUAAAGUUAUCAUGGUUCGCAAAAGGGCUUUAUCGUAAUCAGUCAAAUGAUCAGCUGAUAAAUUUUCUUAUCAGUCUUGAUUUCUUGAUAAAGGGACUUCUAACUCAUUGGUAAAUCAGACUUAGUGAAUCAGGAAAAGCCAGAGGAAAGUCUAGUGAAAUCAUGAAAGGGCUAGAUGUUAAGUUCCCAAUUCUAAUAGGAGAUCAAUACCACACUAUUGCAUAUUAUAUUACUUCGAGGCUAGGAAAUAUAGAGCUUACAAGAAUAAUCACCAUUAUAGAAGAAAAUUUUCAAAAAAUAAUCUUCAAUGUUGAGAAUCUGUCCAGCAACUUUGAAAAUAAUCUAAAGCAAAUUUACAAGCAUUUCUAUAACUAUCUACCAACUUUUUUUGGGCUAGGUUUCAAGGGUAUCGCUUUAAUCUACAAUCUUGGUCAAUAAGACAUUCAUAUGGCUUAAUCAGUAGGUCUAGAGCUAGGCUAUUUUUUCUAAUUCGGAGUGUUCAGUUAUAUAAUGUGUGGGAUCAUCAAUCAAUCAAACAAGGAGCGAAUAAAAGAGCAUCUGAAUAAAGUCAGUUCUAUUCUAUAAUAUAUAAGUUUUGAAACAGUUGAAGCAAUGUUGUACUAAAUGAAAUCUUUGAACUUAAAUAAAGUUAAGCAAGAAUUUGUGAUGCUAACAAUAUUCCAUGCAGAGUAGUUUAAUCAAAGAGUUGGUGAUUUAUCAAUAGACUAAGAAAUAAAGAAUAGUAUGAAUGGAUUAGUUGGAGAUUUUCUAAAAGAUUUACUGGAAAUAGCUGAAUUCGAUGUCAAAGAAGCAAAGAAUAAAGAAAUCUUUCAGGAUCUUAUGCAAAAAGCAGCGACUUAUUCUCAGGAUCAUCACUUAAAUCUUAAGCCAGCAAUGCCAAUCCCUAUUAAUCCUAAACCCUUCUUGAUCGAUCUUAUUGACAAGCCAGUCAUUGUCAAGCUUAAGUGGGGUAUGGAAUACAAAGGUAUCCUAAUUGCCUUUGAUGGAUAUAUGAAUUUACAAUUAUUCAACACUGAAGAGUGGAUCGACGGAGAGUGCAGAGGUAACAUUGGAGAAUCUUUGAUAAGAUGCAAUAAUGUACUAUAUGUCAGAGAUGCAGAUGGUGUAAAAGAAGUAUGA